AUGCCUGACGAAGAGCGUUUGCGAGCGGCUGCAACCAAGUUUCAAGAGAUUCAAACGCACUUUAAAGAGGCGAGAGUCAAUGUUGAGAAACGUAUCGAGUUUAUUCAGAACGAGAUCAAGCGUGUUGAAGACAAGAUCCAAUCGCUUGGCACGCAACGCGACACUAUUAGGAAUGAUAUCCUUGCGAUCCAACAGGGAUCGUAA